UUCUGCUCGAACUGCAGUUGCGGCGCUGUUCAGCGUUCGGUCUGUCGACUAAGUAUCCUUGGCUGCGCGUAGAGCCUGCCCAUCAGUCCGCCUGACGAACGGCAUACCCUGCGGGAGUCGCGUCCCCGCGCCGGGUGACCACCAACGCGCACUCGUCUAGCAUGCUACGAUGGACAGCCUCGACCUGUCGUCUCGGACUGCAGAGAAUGUGUCGGACCGAUCAUCCAUGACUCUCCCCGUGCAGCACAGCCUCCGUAUCGGAGUGGGUGUUGCCGGCGGCGGCGGCUCGGCCGCAUCUUCCAGUACGACUCUUGUCAGCAAUGGCAGCUUGCUCUCUGGCUCAUCACUGUCCAUACACGUUUCCGCCGUCGAGCGCAUCUUAGCCGCGGAAGCGCGUCCGAGAAAUGCAGAAGAUGAUGAAGAGUCAGCAGUAGUUCAUUAUGACGUGGCAGAUGCCUCGAAUGUGCUGCCAAGACGAGGUGAUGGGAGACACAUCAAUUGUGUGUUGAGCCCUACGGCAUCCUACGCGUACCCUCUGGCCUCCGCGUCGGGCUCAGUCUCAAGAUCGCGGUCCAUCUCACCGAUCUCCUCUGGCGCCGCCUCUCCUCCUUGGUACGCAAGUGAGCUGGCAUUGACGCGCGAUGCCCAAGUCGACAGCCAUUUGCCUACCUUUACCGGGGCAGAUGGGAGCACUGUGACGCGCGAUACAUCGCUCCAAAGUUCCGAAGGCUCGCGACACCAAAUACGCAAGCGCCAUUCGGACAUUCAGCGCAUCAAAGCUCUCCUCACCAACAUGCAAGCGGAUGGAGAACCUGCGCCGCCUUCGACACUCGAGCACCGUGUGAUCCUGCCGCGACAGCGACCGAGGCGGAGAAGCCGUGCACCCCACCUUUCACGCGAGUUGAGGGGACACGAAACACCACCUGAAACCACAAGUCGUGCUGGCGUAUUUGCUAGCCCGCCAGAGGCUCUAGCGAGCUUGUCUCAUGCACGUCGUCGACACUCGUCACUAGAAGGAAACCCGAGCACCAGUAGCAGCAACAAGCAAACAGACGUCAUGAGUGGCACGAGCAGUACUGCCCGUCCGCCGAAUGAAACGCUCGUCAGCGAUCAUGUCUCGUGGCCCUCGUCUUCGUCCUCAUCUUCAUCCUCGGUUUUAGAGGAUUCGACCAGGACAAGGGGAGGUGAGAUGUUGCAAUCACUGCACCAGCAUCCGCCUUAUCGUUUUGGUGGCUCUACGACUGGCAAGCCACAAGACCAGGAACCCGACAUCGAGCAGGGGAGCCUGAGCAUCAGGCGCAAAGUCCAGCCGAGAGCGCGACCUCAAAUUGGUGACAUUGAAGAUGCUCACGAGCUUCCACUCUGUCCGGAUGACUGCAGGUGCUCAGAUGCAGAACAGGAGAGCGGGCUGUACCGCUGUGCGAUGCGGAGCAGUCCGGAGGGCAGUUCUGGGCAGGAGGAAGAAGGCACCAAUCGGAGCUUACAUGGUCUGCACAACACACGUAGUACCCUGGUCCAUCCAUCCUCCUUAUCAUCCCUCAGAGGUCAACGGGAUCUUGCACGCUUUCCGGCAGUGCGUCCGCGAGCGGACGAUGAAGUUAGCUCCGGCUCGCUAGCCUCCGUACAUACCAGACAAGAAUUGCGAGUCGAACAAACUGCAGGACAGUUGAACACGUCCUUUGUAUCUGCACCGAUCUGCUCAACAAGACCUUCGCCAAUACGCAGCCACUCAUCUCCUAUCAAGCAUUCUCCUUUCGGGUCUCUGGCAGACGUAAAUAUCGACCGAGCGUGCAAUACCUCCUCGCCUCCGGCGGAAAGCCAGCAUUCCAUGCGCCUUGCAACAAACGCGACCACGGCCAUCAUCUCUCCCUUCGCAUCUACAUCGAAGCGCAGCAUCACCGACUUUUUUGAGCGUGUCAUGCGCGAUGAGCAAGAGAAGCGCGCGCAAAAGAAUACAGAGCGAGUGAGAUUGGCUCCUUCUGUCGCGGAGCGCAGGGAUGAGGUGCAGCUCAGGCCGCGCAGUUCAAAGGGAACUUUGCAAGCGAUUGCCAGUGAUUCAAUCCCUACCGAGUUCCUGCGCGCGACUGACACCGCCAGUUCUUCGUUACUCUUCGAAGCCGAGGGCCGCGAUGGAUCUGAAAAGCUUGGCGGGCAAAAGUUAUCAGCCUACGUUGGGUCACCCGAGUCAAAUGCCAAAUGGAAAAGCUUUGGGCGUGCGUCGGGUGCCUCUUCUCUUCCUUACUCUACGCAAUCGCCCUCUCUCAGCCACACGCCACCGCGAAAUGCACAUCAAAUGGCUAAUCGCGGGCCAAAUGAAAUCGGCAUCCUGAAUGCUAGUCUGCCUACUGCGGGUCCAGAUGCUGUGCAGGAGCAGAUCGAGCGCGCGCUCGGUGGCUCUCGCAGCCCGCACCUUGAGUUACCGAUAGCGCUUGGAAGCGACCGUGCUGUCCUCGGGGAUGAGGAGCCAGGGAUUGGGCUCAAUGCCUACCAGACGCCUGGAUCUCGCGGCAGCAGCCUUAUGCGUCGGCGCUCGGGGCGGUUGGUCCGUUUCAGCCCAAAGCUCGAGUAUCAUUCUCCAACCGGCUCGGAAAGUACCGACUUGGCCUCGCCACAAGCAGACGACAACAGCUUUUCGCGAGAGAUGCGGUCGUUGCAUGAUGCGUUGGAGGACCUCAGCAAAAGUCAUAGCUCGCACAGCCCCGUCAGUGAUCACUUCCUACCGCUCCCGCCACUCGCCGAGCCUCAGCCGCCGAACAUGGACCUGUCUGUGCUAUAUGCGACCGAGGUGCAUGUAGCAGCCAACAGCGCGGCAACGCCUCACAAUGAAAGCCUUGCGUCGAACUUGACGCCGCAGCCGCCAGGGUAUUACAAAUCCCCAUCCAAGUCCAGUUCAAGGUUCUCUCGGCAUAUUCUUCUCAGGCCCAAGAAGCGAGAGGCGCCGGCUAGCGAGCCUGGCCGGGCGUACUUGGAGAGCGGUUCCCGCGUCGACGGUAAUGAUGACGACCGAUCGAAUGACUCUAGCGAUCCGAGCAACGGUGCCGGUCGCAUCGCAUUGACAGUCCCAAGGGCUUCGACACCUCCACUUGCCUCGCCGGCAGCGCAGUCUCCGCUUUUCUCGCAUCUGAGUGGGAUCGAACCGACUUUCUUUUCCGCAGAUGCAGACGCAAAGGUGCCUGACUCUAUACCGAAGACAGAUACAGUGGACAAGAAGCGCUCCACCAGUAUUCGACAGACGAUCCAGCAGCUCGACCAAGCCUUGGAAGCGCUCAAAAGCGUCCAUGUGCGGAAAAUCGAGAUUCCUGUGCCAAUGCAUCGUACCGAGGAUUCACACGCGUCGUCUCAGCCUUUGUUUCGCCAAAGCUCACAUGUGCAAGACGACCAGGGAAAAAUGGCCAAAUCGAUGGACGACUGGUCCGAAGAUGAGAAGCAAGCUGGGAGCAUCGCGCGUCUCGAACGUGCUCGCACGCAGCUGCAGCUGCAACUUUCAGCCAAAGCGCUUGUGCACGCUCAGAGAAAGAGUGACAGUCAUGUGUCGAUGAUCUCUGCAGCACGUCGGGUAGCGCGAAAGGUCGUGGGCCUUCUUUUUGCACUGUGGUUCCUACUGUGGAUCAUCGACUGUCGCGUUCAGAUACUCUUCCAAUCGCUACAUUCCUCUCCAAUUGUGCCCAGCAUGUACAAUGGCGGCCAUCGUUUUUCGUUUGCUCCCAUCUGGUUCAUCGACACCGGCACCGCCUGGCAGCGGGAGCACGACGAAUGGCAGGCGCUUGCGCGAGAAAGCUCGUCCAUUGUCGAGAUGGCGGCUUUGAUAUUCAAAACUCGGAGCUGGCGCUUACUGCAUUUAACCGCGCGAUCCACUUCGCUUGGUGGGGACGAAGCGUUCGCCGGAGUGCUAUCUGAUACUCACAGUUUACCCCGUGCUUUCAUCUAAUUCCGAUACUAGGAGGGCCUGCGAACAUUGAGGAUUCUUGAAAAUGUUGUAUCAUCGUGUGUACUACAUGUGCAAAAAGAACCUGCUCACAACACAUCUGAGCACUCUAUCCCAC